AUGGCGAGAGCGACCAAGUUCGUGAAGCCAAUCGUGCUGUCCGUGUUCAUGUCCAACCGAUACAUCUACGCGCAGGUUGUUCACGAGCCUACAGCCUUCACGCUCGCUGCAGCAUCCUCCAUAGAAGCCGCUAUGCGCAAAUCCCUUACAAGCACAAGCGACAAAAUCGCAGCGACAGAGGUCGGGAAGGCUCUAGCUGCACGCAUGCUAGAGAAGCAGAUCGGCGCUGUGGCGUUUGAGCUGGGGCCCACCCAGAUGUACCACGGGAAGCUCAGGUCGCUUUUAGAUGCAUUGACAGGGUCCGGAAUGUCCACACGAAUUGGAGGGAAAGAUGCGCUUUUGAAGGGUGUGGGCGCGGGCGCUGCGGGCAAGGGCGCGGUCGAAAAGGGCGCAGCAGGCAAGGGCGCAACGGGCAAGGGCGCUGCAGGGAAGGGCGGAGCGGGAGCUACCGCAGCAGGCAAGGGCGCGGCGAACAAGGGCGCAGCAGGCAAGGGCGCGCCGGGCAAGGUCGCGGAAGGCAAGGGCGCUCCGAGCAAGGCCGCGGAAGGCAAGAGCGCAACCGACGCUAGCGCAGCGGAUAAGGGCGCGGCGAAGAAGGGCGCAGCUGGCAAGAGCGCAACGAACGCACAGCACGCCGCGUCGCCUCAGAUGGCUGCGCCGCCUCACAUGGCUACGGCUGAGGAUGUGGCGAUCCACACCGUGAAGACGGCAUCGAACAAUCAUCCUGCUGGGUCGAACGCCCAGCGCGCCGCGCGUCCUCAUAUGGCGACGGCCGAGGACGUGGCGAUUGUUCACCCCGGAUCAGAAAAGGCGACGGCGGAAGGCGCGACAGUGGCUCCGAUGCGAGCGGCGGAGGUAGAAGCGCGUCCUCACAUGGCGGCUGCUGAGGACGUGACGAUUAUUCACCCGGGAUCAGUACAGGCGAUGGCAAUGACAGCGCCGAUGGGAGCGAAGGAGGGAGCGGCGCGUCCUCACAUGGCGACGGCUGAGGACGUGGCGAUUAUUCACCCGGGAUCAGCAAAGGCGACGGCGGCGGCGGUGGCGCCGAUGCAAGCAGAGGAGGGCGAGGCGUGGAGAAAUGUGGCGGCUGAUGAUGACAAUGACGACGGUAAUGACAGGGAGAACGACAACGAUGGCGAUAAGGAGAACGACAACGACAGAGACGGCGACCAGGACGGUGACAAUGAGAAGGAUAAUGACAACGAUGCAGUGCAGUGGCAUGGUGGGGAGGGCAGCAGCACGCGCAUGAAUGGUGGCAGUAAGGGACAGCGACGGGGCAGGACUCACGGCAGUGACAAGGGAGCAUCAUCCCUCUUGUCUCGGUUCAGCAACAGCCGUGGGUGGGAGCCUCGCGGCAAUCAGCGCACUGGGCUGGACAAGGCACAGCAGUUUCGCAUGGCGACGAGCAGCGAUGUGGCCAUUCGCGAGGGAGGGAUUCAAGGCGCGAGCCGUGGUGUGCACUACGGGAGCAACAAUGGCAACAACGGCUGGGAGCUUGAGGACAAUCAGCGCAACGGGUUCCACAAGGCACAGCAGUUUCGCAUGGCGACGAGCAGCGACGUGGCCAUUCACAGGAGCGGGGUGCAAGGCGCGGACCUUGGUGUGAAACGCAGGAGCUGGCUUGACAUGGCACCAGGGUUCCUCAUGGCAACAGCCAGGGAUGUCGCCAUUCCCACGAGCGGGGUGCAAGGCGCGGACCGUGGUGUGAACUAUGGGAAUGAGCAGUUGGGUGCACAAGCUGAGGGCGGCGAUUGCGAUGGUAACAACGGCGGCGGCAUUGACAACGGCGGAGGAGGAGGGCAGAUCGACAUUGGCGCGAUCCUGGAGGUGCACAACGCGGCGCGGCGGGAGGUGGGGGUGCCGGACCUGGCAUGGGACGACGGCGUGGCAGCAGCAGCGCAGGAGUGGGCGGACCAGCUGGCGGGCGCGGGGUGCCCGCUGCAGCACGGCGGCGCGGAGGGGCUCGGGCAGAACCUGUACUGGCGCGCGCCGGCCGCGCUGACCCCCGAGGAGGAUCGCAUGGCGGUGCAGGCGUGGGUGGAUGAGAAGGCGGAUUGGAGUUAUAGCGCGGUGCCGGAGGGGUGUGCGGAAGGGAAGGUGUGCGGGCAUUACACGCAGGUGGUGUGGGCGUGGACGACCCACGUGGGGUGUGCGUCGGUGCAGUGCCCUGAUGGGGGGGGCAUGUGGGUGUGCGAUUACUCGCCCCAGGGGAACAUAAUUGGGUACACUCCUUUUUAG